AUGUACGACCCGCGUUACGCAUCCCACCAUCUUGCCGGCGGCCUGCAAACUUUGGCCUUGCCGGCGGCCAUGGAAGAUUUCGAGUCCCAUUUCUACGACCAAACGCUGGACCACUUCAACUACCUCGCGGAGAGCUACGUCACUUUCCAUCAGCGAUACGUCGUCAACUCCAAGCACUGGGGCGGGCCCGGCGCUCCCAUUUUCGCCUAUCUCGGCGCCGAAGCACCCUUGACCCACAAUUUCUCGGCAGCCGGAAGUUUCAUCAUUGACAUCGCGCCAAGCUUCAAUGCGCUCUUGGUGUACAUUGAGCAUCGAUAUUAUGGAGACUCGAUCCCGUUCGGAUCGUGGGAAGAAGUGUUAAGAAACUCGAGCACGCUUGGCUACAUGAACUCUCAACAAGCUAUCGCGGACUACGCGGAGAUCAUCCUUCACAUAAAGGAGCGGUUCAAUGCCAGCGAUUCACCUGUGAUAGUUGUGGGAGGAUCCUACGGAGGAAUGCUGGCGACAUGGUUCCGAUUGAAGUACCCGCACCUAGCGAUUGGAGCAUUGGCUUCAUCGGCCCCAAUCCUUUACUUCGACGACAUUACCCCACAUGAUGCAUAUGUCAAUGCUGUCACCAAAGAUUUUAGAGAUGCUAGCGAGACGUGCUACCAGACAAUAAAGAAGUCGUGGGCAGAAAUAGACGAAAUAGCUUCCAAACCAGAUGGGCUCUACGCUUCAGCAGCCCAAUAUAACGCACCACCAAGUUAUCCAGUGACACAGGUAUGCACCGCAAUAGAUGGAUCUGGGCCCAACAAUGAUACUCUUGGGCCCAUAUUUGCUGGCGUCGUUGCUUACUACGGAGAUAUGCCUUGUUACAUCAACGAACCUACUAAUAAUAAGCCCUCUGAAACCUACGGUGGAUGGGAUUGGCAGACGUGCAGCGAGAUGGUGAUACCGAUCGGGUAUGGGAAUGACACGAUGUUUGGAUCGGAAGAAGCUUUCAACCUCACCAAAUUCUCAAAUGAAUGCAGAGAAAAAUACGGCGUCGCACCUCGACCUCAUUGGGUCACCACCUACUAUGGUGGACAUAGCAUAAAAAUGGUUCUCAAGAGAUUCGGAAGCAACAUUAUUUUUUCAAAUGGUCUGAAAGAUCCCUAUAGCAGGGGAGGGGUGCUAGAGAAUAUAUCGGACUCUAUCCACGCCAUCUAUACAGCUAACGGGUCACAUUGCUUGGAUUUACAGGCAUCAAAUGUUACCGAUCCAGAAUGGUUGAUUGCGCAACGUAAAGAAGAGAUCCAUAUCGUGCAUGACUGGCUAACGACUUAUUAUAAGGAUCUUCAGGCCGUUUAG